UGGAGUUUGGCGCCACUUAUUGUUCACUGGUGAACUGGUGGUCGGGAGGGAAAGUGGCGCGCUUCCUAUUUCGCCUCACAAGUGGAUGUGAGGGGAAGCUUGUGGUGCCAGUGCCCAAGAGUGGGCAGUUGUCCACCUAUUUGAAAUAGGUGUAAUAAGCUAUGGAGAGUGUGGGGACACCUUCCUCUGGGGGGUUGUCAAUGGUGGGUGGCACAGUCCUCAGUGUGUGUGAUGGCAUGACCUACACACAGUUGUUGGAUCAUGGCUAUGGUCUAACCCCCAUCACACCCAGCAACUCUCAAGAAUCUCCUACUGUCACACCAGGACGUACACAGAGUGUGAAACGGCGGUUGGUGCUGGAGGAAGGCGGUGUUGAUGGGGAAGGCUUCCGGACACCAGUCAAGACUCCCAGACGAGCCAGGCAAAAAUCAGUCUCAUCCACACACUACACUCCCUCACCGUCCAAGGGGAAAGCCCCAGCAAUUCCUCCAGCUCCUUCUCCCAGUAAAAACUUCUCGUUACAUACAUCCCUGGGACUUCUCACAAGCUUUUGGGUCGACCUUCUCCAAACGGCUCCAGAUGGCACAGUUGUUUUAAAUCAGGCUUCAGAUACACUAGCAGUCCAAAAAAGAAGAAUAUACGAUAUUACUAAUGUAUUGGAGGGCAUUGGUCUAGUCAAUAAGAAAUCCAAAAACAAUGUUCAAUGGCUAGCUUCAAGAGUAAGCAGUGAGGACUUAGAGGGGGAGCUUGAGGACUUGGAGUCGAAGGAAAAUGAGCUUGAUAACCUUAUAGAACAAGCAGAGCGAGAUCUCCUACAAAUGAGUCAAGACAAAGGGUCAGCAUACAUUACCUACCAUGAUUUACACACGAUUCGUUAUUAUCAAGACAAAACAGUGUUUGCAAUCAAAGCGCCGCCUGGAACACAAUUACAAGUCCCGAUUCAGGAAACCAUGUCCAAAGAAGAGGGUUGUAAAAUCCACCUGAAGAGUGAAAAUGGUCCUAUUGAGGUAUAUCUGUCAGAAUCCACAGUUGGAGAUAACACUAUCAAACAGAGUCCCAUCAAAUCAAGUCCCCUCAAAUCCACUUCUGUCAGGACACAAUUAGCAAAUGCCUCAAGACCCAAGUUAAGACCCACACGGACAAGAGGUAGCAAAGCAGUGCUGCAGACUCGCAAACCUGUCUUGAGAACACCAAAGAAGGAACCCAGUUCUCCAGUUCUCACAAAAAUUAAAACUGAACUAAUUGACCCAGAUGAAAAUUUAAUUAAUGUAGAUCUUCUAGGUCCAUCAUCUAGUUUGGACUUAAGUGAUGAUAGCCUUCAUAAAGCUCGCAUUCUUGGCUCGGAUGAAGACAGCCUUCGUAAGGCUCUUAUUCUUGGCUCUGAAGAUCUGGGACCUGUAGGGGGAAAGCUCCAGUUGCAAAUGGAGGACCAAAAUGAAGGUAGUUCUGAUGAUGUGAUGUUGGGAUAUUCAUCUGGUUCACCUUUACCAUUCCUCACCCUGGAGCCUCCAAUAUCUGAUACAGACUAUACCUUCUCAUUGGAUCCCACAGAGGGCCUCAGUGAUUUCUUUGAUUUUAAUUUCUGACCAUGCAGUGUUUAGUCCUGGGAGUGUUUUUACAAAGGCUUGUGAGAUCUCUAUUAUGCAUUUUUUUAUUUCUGCCCAUUUUUAUCACAUUGCAUAAUUCUGUUUAAAUUUGUAUCUGUGUGAAUGAUUAUUGAGGUUUAACAAGGCUUUCUCAAUCUUAUACAGCAAGUUUUAUAGACCAAAGCUUGGUUUUAUGUAAUGCUAGAAUCCCUAUAUUUUUUCCAUUUUAUAUGGUUUCUAUAGUCUAUGGAAAUUAUUUCUUGGAAUGAAGAUAUUUAUAUGUAGCAGAGUUGAUCGGAAACUGGUAGUCGACACCAGUUUAGAAUAUUUAUGUAGUGGAAUUGUGUAUUUCUGGAUGCAUCUCAGUUUGGUAUUUGUUGUAAUAACCAUGCAUUGAGUAUAUCUAAGGAGUUUCCCAAUAAAUUUUUAAGCCUACAUUUUUUUUUUAACUGUAAAACAGACAUUGGGGAUAGAUGAGAGAUGUUACCACAAGUCCACAGUUCUUGGUCAGAUGCUUUGUUGUGCAUGUCAUGCCCUCUGCAUAACCUUGGUCUUGUAGAUGGGCUGCUUUCUUGUUAAUCGGUAAUGAAAGCAAAUUAUUUGAUGCAGUUCAUUUUGCAUUCCGCAUGAGUAAGUGUUCCCAUUACUACUAUGAUCUUGGAGAUUUUCAAUUAUUAUAGUGGUACAUAUUUUUCUAUGCACUGCAAGUGGUGUAUUGUAAAUUAUGGUCCACAAGCAUAUACUUAGGUUGCAAAAUGCAAUCUAUCUUCCAUCCUUCCAUUUUUUCCCAGUGGAUUAAAAAUGAUGAAAUUAUACUCGCUUUAAACAAUAGAUAAUUUAUUUUUGUGCCAAGGGAGUUUUAACUCAAAUUGAACGUUGUUGAGCAGUCGGUUUUAGUUUCAACAAUUCGUCCAUUAAGUGAUCAGAAAGUUUCAGCUACUUUUGCCAGUUCAGAUGCCUUAUUACCAGAACUUCAGCUGUAGUGUACACAAUUUUUUUUAAACACCUACAGUUGUGUAAAUUUUAAUUAGCAGUGUGAUGUUGAUGUUGGAGAGCACACCAAUGUUGAACCAAUUGGUGAAAGUGGUUGUUCCAGACACUCGCAUAUCGUCAGUGAAAAGGAAAACUUUCCUUUUUAAACUAUUAAUAGGGCUAUGCCAAAUAGAUCAACCUGAUGGUUGAUAUUGGAAUACCAGUGAUCCACUGCUCUGGCUUCAUAGAAGCCAAUGCAGGUAAAAUAAAAAUUGUGUGCAAUGUGGGCACAAAUACAGUACGAUCCAGCGGAGCUUAUAAUUUAUAGUUUUAAUUCCUGUAUAGUAUCAUACUGAGUAUACUUACCUGCUGAAGCUUUUAAAGACAUUUUGUGCAUGUUUGCCAAUAAACUUACUUUGCACCCAGUUUCACUGCCAAGCAAAACGUGACUAAAAAAAAAAAAAUCACGAAGUAGAGCUCUCUCGCGCCUGACCCAGUGGACCUGAAUGUC